AUGCAGGUUCUAAGAGAGAGAAAUUUCAAGCAAACAAUUCCAGUAGUGAAAGUGGAGGAAGGAAGAGAUGGGGACGAGAAAGUAGCAUUAAUUAAGAAGGAAACAGUGACCAUUGCACUGAGAAGAGCCACCAAAUUCUUUGCAGCCUUACAAAGCCACCAUGGCCAUUGGCCUGCUGAAAACUCUGGCCCUAUGUUUUACUUCCCUCCACUGGUAUUUUCGUUGUAUAUUACGGGACAUCUCCGCAACAUAUUCUCAGAGCACUACCGAAAGGAAAUCCUUCGCUAUGCAUAUUGUCAUCAAAAUCAAGAUGGUGGAUGGGGAUUGCACAUUGAGGGACAAAGUUGUAUGCUUUGCACUGUUUUUAACUAUAUUCAACUCCGUUUGUUGGGGGAAGAACCUGACAAGGAUGAGUGUUUUAGAGCUCGAAAAUGGAUUCUAGAUCAUGGAGGUGCUAUUUAUAUACCUUCCUGGGGAAAGAUCUGGCUCUCGAUUCUGGGAGUUUAGGAGUGGGAGGGAGCAAACCCUAUGCCUCCAGAGUUUUGGCUGUUAGGAAAAUUACUUCCUUUCAUUCCUCAAAGUUUGUUUUGCUAUUCUAGAUUGACACUUCUUCCUAUGUCGUAUUUAUUUGGGAAGCGAUUCGUUGGAACUCUUACCCCUCUCAUUCUUCAGUUACGCCAAGAAAUCUAUACUCAACCUUACAAUCACAUUAAAUGGAGUCCAACACGCCAUUAUUGUGCAAAGGAAGACAAAUGCUUUGAACGUUCAUUAUUUCAGAAGCUCACAUGGGAUGCUAUUCAAUACUUUGGAGAACCCAUUCUUAAUAGCUGGGCCUUUAAAACGAUAAGAAAUAGAGCUCUUCAAGUAGCUAAAUGUCAUAUGGAUUAUGAAGAUCAUAAUAGUCAUUACAUUACAAUUGGAUGCGUUGAAAAGCCAUUGUUUACACUUGCUUGUUGGGUUGAUGAUCCUAAUGGAGAAGCUUAUAAGAAACAUCUUGCUAGAAUCAAAGAUUACUUAUGGAUUGCUGAAGAUGGAAUGAAGAUGCAAAGUUUUGGUAGUCAAUCAUGGGAUGUUGCUUUUGCCAUUCAAGCACUUCUUGCAACAAAUCUCCAUCAUGAAUUCUCGGAGACACUUAAGAAAGGGCAUGACUUCAUUAAACAAUCACAGGUUAGAGAGAAUCCUUGCGGUGAUUUUCGAAGUAUGUAUCGUCACAUAUCAAAAGGAAGUUGGACAUUCUCUGAUCAAGAUCAUGGAUGGCAACUUUCUGACUGUACCGGAGAAAAUUUACUGUGUUGUUUGAGAUUUUCGACCAUGCCUUCCAACAUCGUAGGAGAUCCCAUGGAACCACAAUGGCUUUUUGAAGCUGUGAAUGUCCUACUAUCCCUCCAAGCAAAAAAUGGUGGAGUUCCAGCUUGGGAGCCUACCGGAGUUGUACCAUCGUGGUUUGAGCUAUUGAAUCCCGUAGAAUUCUUAGAAUAUACGGUAUUGGAGCUCGAAUAUGUAGAAUGCACGUCAUCGUCGGUACAAGCACUUGUUCUGUUUACGAAACUAUUUCCAAAUCACAGAAAGAAAGAGAUAGAAACGUUUUUAAGUAAAGCAGUGAAAUAUAUGGAAGAAACGCAGAAAGAGGAUGGAUCGUGGUAUGGUAAUUGGGGAAUUUGUCACAUUUAUGCAACAUACUUCGCUAUAAAAGGAUUAGUGGCAACUGGAAACACUUACCAUAAUUCCUCAACCAUACGAAAAGGUGUGGAGUUUCUUCUUAAAAUUCAAUGUCCAGAUGGUGGGUGGGGAGAGAGUCACAUUUCAUGUACGCAGAAGAAAUACAUUCCUCUUCCAGGAAAUUCUUCCAAUCUCGUUCAAACUUCUUUUGCUUUAAUGGCUUUGAUCCAUUCUCAGCAGGAAAAGAGAGACCCAACUCCUCUUCACCGUGCAGCAAAGCUAUUGAUUAAUUCUCAACUGGAGGAUGGUGAUUACCCUCAACAGGAGAUAGGUGGAGUAUUUCUAAACAAUUGCAUGCUACACUAUGGACUGUAUAGGAACGUAUUCCCAUUGUGGGCACUUGCAGAGUUUUGUAAUAUGGUUUCAUUGCCAUAGUUUCAACCAAAUUUAUGUAACAUGCUUUCCACUUUUAUUCAUUACAUUUCCAUAUACUAUACAUGUCACUCGAUACUCGAAAUUAAGGGAGAGACCAACCGAUUAUACCAUGAAAGCUUGUAAUAAGAGAUAAACAAUGUUCAUGUGGUAUAUGAAA